AUGAUACUAAAUGUAUCAUUAGAAGCAGAGGACAAAAGUUGGAAACGCGAUUUUGCUGUGGAAUUUGGAGAAGCAGAAAAGCCAACGUGUAAAGCAACCAGACUCGCAACAAAACGUGCUAUUCAUUCUCAGGGAUUUUCUUGGUUAAUUCCUUUGUACGCAACUGCUGUGUUUCCCUGCAGAACGUGGAAACAACUUUUGGGGAAGGAUUUUGCUGGCAUUGAGUUCGAUGGCCCUAAUGGUAUGAUUGCUGUUCUGGCUUUGCCAGAAACUCCAGAAUUUCCACAUGAUUUCUUGCAGGAUAAUCUUCUUAAGGAUAAGCCAGAAAUGGAAAUCAAACUUGAGUCUUCUGACAGCCCGCAGCAUAAAAAGAUAUCAGCCAGAUGGGAUCCAGCUCAAGCAUGUCGGCCUAUAAUUGAUGAAGCACCUGUGUUCUAUCCAAGUAUUGAGGAAUUUGAAGACACACUUGGUUACAUAGCUAAGAUUCGGCCCCAUGCUGAACCUUAUGGCAUAUGUAGGAUUGUCCCUCCAGCUUGCUGGGUACCACCAUGUCCUCUUAAGGAGAAAGAUUUGUGGGAAAAUGCAAAGUUUCCGACUCGUAUCCAGCAAAUUGAUUUGCUUCAGAACAGGGAGCCCAUGAGAAAGAAAAUCAGGGGAAGGAGGCGAAAACGUAGAAAGCUAUCAAAGAUGGGCAUGGGUAGGAGAACUGCCAAAUCAGGUUCUGAAGCUAACGUUGGUUCUGAGCCUGACGAGAAGUUUGGAUUCCAAUCAGGGUCAGAUUUCACACUUGAAGACUUUCAGCAAUAUGCUAAGGUUUUUAAAGAUUGCUACUUUGGGUUGAAUUAUGCCAAUGAAUAUGGAAAAGUUAGCAAUUAUAGUCACCAGCAGAGAUGGGAGCCCUCUGUGGAGGACAUUGAAGGUGAAUACUGGCGAAUAAUAGAGCAACCAACUGAUGAGGUUGAGGUGUAUUAUGGAGCUGACUUGGAAACUGGGUCACUUGGAAGUGGUUUUCCUAAGACUUCAUCCUUCACUAAGAAUUAUUCAGAUAAAUAUGCCGUGUCUGGCUGGAAUCUGAAUAACUUUCCGCGACUUCCAGGUUCUGCAUUAUGUUUUGAAGGAAGUGAUAUCUCAGGAGUUCUAGUUCCAUGGCUGUAUGUUGGAAUGUGCUUUUCCUCAUUUUGCUGGCAUGUUGAGGACCAUCACCUCUAUUCACUUAAUUAUCUGCAUUGGGGUGACCCAAAAGUAUGGUAUGGAGUACCUGGAACCCAUGCUCCAGGUUUGGAAGAUGCAAUGAGAAAGCACUUGCCUGAUUUAUUUGAAGAACAACCAAAUCUACUAAAUGAAUUGGGUCAAGUUCAACCUGGUGGAUUAAAUAGGGAAUGGUCAGCGUCUAAUGUUGGAUGUUAUAUGUCAAAAAAACCUUUGCUAAUAUAUCAAGCUUUUGGUAUGAUGAACAUGGUUUUGGAGUUGGGUUAUGAUUCUAGUGGUUAUGAUUUCUUCUUUGAGCAGGUGACUCAGUUAUCUCCUUCAAUUCUUAAAUCUGAGGGGGUGCCUGUGUAUCGCACUGUUCAGAAUUCAGGGGAAUUUGUUGUUACGUUUCCAAGGGCAUACCACUGUGGCUUCAAUUGUGGCUUCAACUGCGCAGAGGCUGUGAAUGUGGCUCCUGUUGAUUGGCUUGUGCAUGGCCAGAAUGCUGCCGAGCUUUACAGUUUGCAGUGCCGUAAGACUUCAUUGUCUCAUGACAAGUUAUUAUUUGGAUGUGCUCAGGAAGCCGUGUGUGCCCUUGCAGAGCUAACUCUUCAUGGAAAAGAAACUCUAAAAUAUACAAAAUGGAGUAGCGCUUGUGGGAAAGAUGGAGUUCUUACCAAGGCAGUUAAGACAAGGAUAACUAUGGAAAAGGAGAGGCUUUACGGUCUUCCCACUCAUUUAAAAAUGCUGCAGAUGGACACUGAUUUUGAUUUGUUAGAGGAAAGAGAAUGCUUCUCUUGCUUCUAUGACUUGCACCUAUCUGCCGUAGGUUGCAAGUGCUCCCCCGAUAGUUAUUCUUGUCUCAAACACUCACAUUUGUUUUGCUCAUGUGAAAUGGGCGAAAGGUUUGUUCUGUUUCGUUAUACCAUGAAUGAACUAAGUACAUUGGUUGAGGCGUUAGAAGGAGAAGCACAUGCUAUUGAAGUGUGGGCGAAUGGAGGUAAAAGAUCAACAUAUUGGGCAGGAACCAAUGAUAAGUCAAACUCAAAUAUACCUAGCAUUUCUGUAGAAUUAGGCCACUCACAGUUUCACCAUGAAACUUAUAGUGCACCAUAUGGCGCUAAAAAUUGUGGCAAAGAUAAUGUGAAUGAAAAAAGUUUGGUCUUCUAUAAUGAAGAUAAGAUGAAGGGAGGUUCUCUGGAUUUGAAUAUUGAUGUUAUGUGUGUGGAACCUGAAAACUAUUUUCUGCAUGCUGCUGAAUUUCAUCAUAACAAUAAGGGUGAUCCAUAUGUUGGAAAAGUCUGCAAUUCAGAGGCCAGAAAGGAACAUGACUACAUGAAACCUGGGGCCACAUGUAUUGCUGCCUUGGAGAAAGAAUUUUCUUCAUGUUCAAGGGACGUUCAUAAUUCUUGUAUAUUUGAUGGCUAUAAAUUGUUUGGGGUGGAUCUGCAGAUGCAUUCUGAUUCGGGAGAACAACUCAACAGUGUAUUUAAAAUGGGUGAUAUUGAAACGUGCAAUACAAGAAUAUCUUUGAAAAACCAAAACUUCUUAACGCAGAAGAUUGGUGUUUUUGUAGAGCCUGUGAAUUUGGGCUCUGUUAUGCAUGGUAAGCUGUGGUGCAGUAAGCAUGCGAUAUAUCCAAAAGGAUUCAAGAGUCGUGUUAAGUUCUUUAGCAUUCUUGAUCCAGCAAGAAUUUGUAACUAUGUUUCUGAAGUCUAUGAUGCCGGAUUUCUUGGGCCGCUUUUCAAGGUUACCAUGGAAGAACAUCCAAAUGAGGUCUUCACAAGCACCUCAGCAGAUAAGUGUUGGGAGUCAGUUCUUGACAGACUAAAUCAUGAAACGAAGAAGCUAAGGAAUCAAGGGGAAAGAGAACUUCCUCCCUUGGAGCUUCUCCAAAGCAUUAAAGGUCAUAAAAUGUUUGGAUUCCUUUCACCAUCCAUUAGUCAGGCUAUUGAAGCUCUGGAUCCCAACCAUCAAUGCGUCGAGUACUGGAAUCACAAAGAAGUUGCGUCUGAAUCUUCAGACAGUGCCAUUGAUGACUGUAAGCUCAGUCAUGGUUCAAGUAACUCUCUAUGUGAUGUCAAGACCAAACUCCUUGGCCCUGGUUUGACAAAGCAGGAGCAAGAUAGCAGCAGAGGAAAUUGUGAUUCUUUUGAAGAGAUGAAAUUGGUGCUACAAGGAUUGUUGAAAAAGGCAAGUGCUGAAGAAUUGAGUUCCAUGCACAAGUUAUUCAGCUCUGAUGCACAGUUCAGUAAGUGGAGAGUGGCAUUUGUAACUCUGAUAGAGGAAAUCCAGAAAGCUUGUGCAUAA